AUGAGCCAAGAGCAGUCUCCUCAGUGCUCCAUCCACACGAAUCUCGUCCUUCUUUACAAAAUCAUCGGAGAAGUGACUUUGGAUCACGCGGAUCCUUCCCAAUUCGACGUUCUCAAACUCAUAAACUAUAGCCGUUCCUCGCAAGUUUCCUGGUUGCCAUUGUGGGGCAAUUCGUCGUUUAGCAAUGUGAAAAACCGUAAGUGUUCAUGCCUAUAAAGUGUGGGUUUUCCAAACAUUUUCAUCUUUUUCAGGCAACAAAGAGUGUCACACUUCGAUGGCCGUGGGGAAUCUGAACGGAAGUUACAGUUCGUACAACAAGCCGUACAUUCGAAUCAGGGCAAAAGUGAUCAACGUGCGGUUCUUUUUGAAUGUGCUGGAAGCCAUCAGAACUCUCGGAGCAGCGACGGAGUGCCGACGUGAGGAUUUCCCUAAAUUGCACGAGAAUGGGCUCUCGGAGUACUGUACAAAGUGGGUCGAACUGUUGAACGAGGAAACAGAGCUGUCAGAGGAGAAAAUCACGGAACUGCAUGCGUUAUAUCUGCAGUUCGACAAAGACGAGAAAUUGGAGUUGAAGGGAUUCAGCGUUAAAGAUGGAUACGCCACGAUCAACCUGGACCAUCCGAUGGUUUACUUCCGAAAGUAUCCGACAAUCAAGUAA